CAAUCCUGUAACCGUAACUGCGCGCAGGGUAUGUAAGCCUGGGCUCAGGACUGCGCUGACAUUCCCGCGUGGCUUGCGUGUGCCCUGGAGGAUGGUUGGAAUAAGUUUGUGUUGGCGUAGAGGGCAAACCUGAAACUCGUGGAAGAGGCUUCGUUCUAGCCUGCAGAGGGCAGUGGCAUGUGUGGGGAUGUCCAUGUGUGACAGUAAAGGGGUGACAGUUCAGAAGAAAUUCCAGUGUGGCUGCACAGUGACAGCUGACAAAUAACAGUUCUGGUAUACUCAUUUCAGAUACACGUUGCUUAGGAUUUCCAAGUUUCUUGUAUGUGGUACUGGCCUUAUACUGGUACUUUCAGUACUAUUUUAUACUUGAACCAUUUUCUGGCUGUUCUUGCUUCUGUAGACAGCCUUCCCUUAGGCAGUAGCCCUGGGUUUAGGAGCCAUUGCUUGCCUUUCAGGUGUUCUGAACAGUUGGCAAAGGAAAGCAAGUACAGUGGGAUUUUUAGAGUAGCAAUUUUCCAUCUUAUGUUUACAGAAUGAGAAGCACUGAACAGAUUAUUUUGGCUUUUGUGUGAAAUACUCAUUGUGAAUACUUGCAUGGUUUUGGCCCCCAUAAGAACUUUCUUCAUGUCCCUAAAUUAUCAAAGCACUUUGUCUUUGCAGUAUGUCCUUUCCUUUCUUUUCCCCAGUCAAGACAAAGAACAUAUGAUGCAAGCUUCAUCUUCAGUGCAAAGAGACACUGUCCUUGCGUAACGUUUUACCUGGAAAAUAAUAAUAAAAAGAAGUCAACACCUGUGCUUGCACAAGGCAAUUCCGCAGAACUGUUGCUGUGUACAAGCUAUUCAUGGUUUUCUUCUUAUUGGCUCGUAGUCUGCUUAAAACAAUAGUGGAUUGUGCUGUCUCUUGGCAGUUAAAUCAUUCUAAGCUUCCAUUUCUCUUGUGAUUGGUCGUUUUCUGUCUUUUGAAAGCAAGCUGCUCGCGUACAGAGGUUUAAAUGUCUAGAGAGAGUAUUGACCCGCCACCUACAAAUUUUCAGAGCUGUUGACAAAACUGUAAAGCUUUCGAGUUCUCCCAGGGAGCAGAUGUCCAUGUAUUUAAUUGAAGAUACACUGUCUCUUUUUUGUAGGUAGGCUUUUUGCUAAACACUUUCUUUUCUAGUAUGUGCUAACAAGUGCUGUGCCGUGUGCAUCAAAUGUGAGUAUCCUCAGAUCACUGAUUUUCUGCAUGUAGGGUGUUUGUUUUGCGUUUUGGUGUAUCCUGUCUGUCUGUUGUUCUUCUGAGGUCUUUUGGCUCUCAGAGAGCGUAACUGUAUUCCAUGCUGGCAGUCACACUCGUGGUAAUAUUGCUAACUUUCUCACUGGAGGCUGGCCAGCAAUGGGCAGAGUUUCUGUACGGUGUUUAAGAGAAAUCAGUACAAAACGACAUGCAACACCCGUCUCCGGUUUUCACUCGUCUUUACUGCCUGUGCCUGAAUUGUUGCUGUUCUCCCUCUCCUUUUCUUCUUUCUGUAAAACCAUGGCCCAUCGGCUGCGGUUUCAUUUUGGCUCUGGGCGAAGCAACACAGCCCCUGAAUCGGAGAUCCUCGACCGGGAAAGAGAAGAUGACUUUUUCAUGGCAUUCCACACUUUGCCAAGAAGAAACAGUCCUCACGCUUUCUCCCGACACGGAGCAGAUUAUGGUGGGGGCAGCGAUUUUCAGGAAGUGGGCUCCUUAAAAAGGAGCACAUCCAUGUUUAUUCCCCAGCUGCUGAACAGUAUUGACGUGCGUCCGACGAGAAGCUCGUCGAUGCAGAUCUCUCUUCAGCGCAAAGCUGCGAGCGACUGUGCGGAUGAGAGUGCAACCCUGGAAUCUCCCGAGGAGACGCUUCCCUGUAAGUUCCCAGACUUCAGGGAGCAUUUUGCACCCCCCGUUGAAAACCAGUCUUCCUCUCUGGGCAGUCCAGAGGUGACUCCUGAGAAUUCUCCACCCAGGCUGACGGAAGAGUUAGGGCGACAGCUUAAUGGAACUCUUUGCUGUAAUCAGAGGAUAUUCUGUACUAUUCCCUCCAAUAACCAGAGCGAAGAUGCUCCAUCUACUGCCCAAGAGGAUGAGACAAAUGAAGCAGCUUCAGGUUUAAACAUAAGCGGUGUGAGGAUUCAGCAUCGUGCUUCCAGUGUAGAUGUGCCUCAGGUUACUCUAUUACCCUUUGGAUCUGAGGCUCAAAAUAAUGCCCCCACCCCUGAGCCCCGGCGUUGGUCUCUGCAACAUGUGCCAGAUAUGUCAGCAAAUUCAGGGAAAAAGUUCUUUGUUCUCCAGUUACAGCAACCGCAGGCAAGUGGGACCGGUGGCGAAUAUAACUUUGGUUUUACUGGGACAAAAGGGGACAGGUUGGUCAGGUAUCCUCGGAUACGGCUAGAAAGGAGUACCUCCUACCCUGUCCAGCCACGACCAGAAGAAAUUAGCCCCACAGAUGAUGGAGCGAAUUCAGAACUGCACGGAAAUGGAAGGAACGGGUCAGAAAUAUCUAGAAGCAAUUCAGUAGAGAGGAUUCCUCAAGGGCAGGGAUGUUUGUUUAAAAUCAGACCAGAUCAAAAUACGAGGCAACAGCACUUCAGAAUCCUUGUCACCCGUAAUCCUGAAGAACAAAAUCAGGUUGUUGGUAAAGAUGGUCGUGGCACCCCUGGCCCUACACCAGCAAGCACCACGACUAGAGACGACUUCCUGGGUCAGGUGGAUGUGCCACUUAGCCACCUCCCGACUGAAGACCCAACCAUGGAAAGGCCAUACACGUUUAAGGAUUUCCUUCUCAGACCAAGAAGCCACAAAUCUCGUGUAAAGGGUUUCUUGAGACUGAAGAUGGCUUAUAUGCCUAAAAAUGGUGGUCAAGAUGAAGAAAAUGAUCAAAGGGAUGAAUCUGAGCAUGGAUGGGACGUGGUUGAUUCCAAUGACUCUGCAUCUCAGCGUCAGGAGGAGUUACCACCUCCUCCACUGCCUCCUGGAUGGGAAGAAAAGGUUGACAACCUGGGGCGGACUUACUAUGUCAACCAUAACAACAGAACUACUCAAUGGCAUCGACCAAGUUUAAUUGAUGUGGGAUCUGAUUCAGAUAACAACAUCAGACAAAUAAACCAAGAAGCAGCCCAUAGACGGUUUCGCUCUCGGAGACACAUUAGUGAGGAUUUGGAACCAGAACCUAUGGAGAGCGGAGACAUUCCUGAGCCUUGGGAAACCAUUUCAGAGGAGGCAAGCGCAAGUGGAGAUUCCUUAAGCUUGUCAUUGCCACCACCUCCUGCAUCACCAGUAUCCCGUACCAGUCCUCAGGAGCUGUCUGAGGAACUGAGCAGAAGACUUCAGGUCACUCCUGAUUCUAAUGGGGAACAACUGAGUUCUUUGAUUCAAAGAGAUCCUUCUUCAAGAUUAAGAUCUUGCAGCGUAACAGAUACAGUCGCUGAACAGUCUCAAUUAUCUUUGCAGAGUGGCCCAUCUAGGAGAGCUCGUUCUUCAACUGUCACAGGUGGUGAGGAACCAACGCCUUCAGUGGCCUAUGUACAUACUACACCAGGCUUACCUUCAGGCUGGGAAGAAAGAAAGGAUGCAAAGGGCCGUACUUAUUAUGUCAAUCAUAACAAUCGAACCACAACAUGGACACGUCCCAUUAUGCAGCUUGCUGAAGAUGGCAUGGUUGGGUCAGCAGCAAGCAGCAACAACCACUUAAGCGAACCUCAGAUCAGACGGCCUCGCAGCCUUAGUUCACCCACAGUAACUUUAUCUGCUCCACUUGAGGGUAUGAAGGACUCCCCUGUGCGCAGAGCAGUGAAGGACACCCUUUCCAAUCCCCAGUCUCCACAGCCCUCGCCCUACAACUCUCCUAAACCACAACACAAAGUUGCACAAAGCUUCCUUCCUCCUGGCUGGGAGAUGCGAAUAGCGCCCAACGGCAGGCCCUUCUUCAUUGAUCAUAAUACUAAAACUACUACAUGGGAAGAUCCACGACUGAAAUUUCCAGUGCAUUUGAGAUCAAAAGCUUCUUUGAACCCUAAUGAUUUGGGCCCCCUUCCUCCUGGCUGGGAGGAAAGAAUACAUUUGGACGGAAGAACAUUUUACAUAGAUCAUAGAAGCCAGGUGUUGAUAUGUGGAGACAUUGAUACCAGAGACUUAGUGCCCUCAUACGAUAACAAAAUUACCCAGUGGGAAGACCCCAGACUGCAGAACCCAGCGAUUACGGGUCCAGCAGUUCCAUAUUCUAGGGAGUUCAAACAGAAAUAUGACUAUUUCCGGAAGAAGUUAAAGAAACCCGCCGAUAUACCAAAUAGAUUUGAGAUGAAGCUACACAGAAAUAAUAUUUUUGAGGAGUCCUACAGAAGAAUCAUGUCUGUGAAGAGACCUGAUGUACUAAAAGCCAGGCUCUGGAUUGAAUUUGAGUCAGAAAAAGGACUUGACUAUGGAGGCGUGGCCAGAGAAUGGUUUUUUCUCUUGUCCAAGGAGAUGUUCAACCCUUAUUAUGGUCUUUUUGAAUAUUCAGCAACGGACAACUAUACACUUCAGAUUAAUCCUAAUUCAGGUCUUUGUAAUGAAGAUCAUCUUUCAUAUUUUACAUUUAUUGGACGGGUUGCUGGUCUGGCAGUAUAUCAUGGGAAGCUAUUAGAUGGCUUCUUCAUCAGACCUUUUUACAAGAUGAUGUUGGGGAAACCAAUAACUCUAAAAGACAUGGAAUCAGUGGAUAGUGAAUACUACAACUCUUUGAAGUGGAUCCUGGAAAAUGACCCUACAGAGCUAGAUCUCAUGUUUUGCAUAGAUGAGGAAAACUUCGGACAGACGUAUCAAGUUGACCUGAAGCCAAAUGGGUCAGAAAUCAUGGUAACAAAUGAAAACAAAAGGGAAUACAUUGAUCUGGUCAUCCAGUGGAGGUUUGUCAACAGAGUUCAAAAACAAAUGAAUGCUUUUUUGGAGGGAUUCACAGAACUUCUUCCUAUUGACCUGAUUAAAAUUUUUGAUGAAAAUGAACUAGAGUUACUGAUGUGUGGCCUUGGCGAUGUUGAUGUUAAUGACUGGAGGCAACACACAAUCUACAAAAACGGUUACUGCCCAAAUCAUCCUGUUAUCCAGUGGUUCUGGAAGGCUGUUUUACUGAUGGAUGCUGAAAAACGGAUUCGAUUACUGCAGUUUGUUACUGGGACGUCACGCGUGCCUAUGAAUGGAUUUGCUGAACUUUAUGGUUCAAAUGGUCCUCAGCUGUUUACAAUAGAGCAAUGGGGAACUCCUGAUAAACUGCCCAGAGCUCACACAUGCUUUAAUCGCCUUGACUUACCUCUUUAUGAAUCUUUUGAAGAUUUGCGAGAGAAGCUACUUAUGGCAGUUGAAAAUGCUCAAGGAUUUGAAGGAGUGGAUUAAAACAAACACUUUUUUCCCCCCAUUCAAGCAAGUUCUGCUGCACUUUUGCAUUUGCCUAAUGGACUCUUGAGUGACUAUGGCAGAACAGUUGCACAACGUUGGUUCAUGGAGCAAACCCUUCGACAGUGCAGUUGCCUAAAUCCAGAAUUUUGAACUAUAACCUGUGGAUGGCUUUUUGAUGUUUCCACAGCAGAUUACCAACUGGUUAACUUGUACUCUGAUUACAUUUCAGCAGGACUUACUCUAUUUAUGUUGUGCCUCUGUAGGCAAAGCCCUUAAUAAAUAUUUUACAUAAUUUCUAAUGACAAUGAAUGGAAUUAAUCAUUUUACAGGUAUAGUAUUACAACUCAUGUUUACUUUUUAAUUCAUUUAGACAUUUUCAGAUUAUAUUUCAUUACAAUUAAAUAUCAUGUACUUGGAAAAAAAUGAGCAUUUUUCUUAAUUUCAUACAAGACUUGAUGCCAGUGUCCUUUUUUCAAAGCACAUGUUGAGCCUUGUGUUCCCAAACCAUUAAGAAAAUAGGAGAAAGCUAUGUUGGGAAUUUUCUCUAUAUUGGCUACAUCAAGAGUAACUGUUUUCAUUGAGCAUAUAAAUAUUUUUCCGUAUCCAGAAAAUGUAUGGAUUCAAUGUUGCAUUUUUGUAUAAAUAAUAGAAUAGUUAUGAGUCAAGAGAGAAUCAUAACAUAGCAUGCCAAAUCUCAUGUUCAAUGAAAAAAUUGCCUCAUUAUUCCUUGAUAAUAUUUACAUGUACUAUAAAACAUUUUGGGGUAGGGUUGGCAUUAAUCAUUUUAGGAAAAUAUGCUUAACCCUGUCAUUAUCUUUGUAUAGUGAUUCUUUUAUUAUUUUUUCCUCUUUACUGUUUGCAAUGGAGGCAUUUUGAAAGAAACCUGGCACUAUGUGAUUUGGCACUACGGAAAACAGAUCUGUUUUGUCUCCUGUUUGUAAGCAUUUGCUAAUGAUAUCUAAAUAACAAUUUUUUUUGUUUGUUUCUAACUGCACCAACUCUAAAGGCACUUUAUGUAACACAUGGAAGUCAUAUCUGUUUUUUAUCAUAAACAUUAAUGUGAUUAUAUUCCUUCUCACUGCACAUGUCUUUCUGGUGCAAUAUCUAUCAAUUGUGAAUCUGGCUGCUGCUGAUGUAUAAAAGAAAAAAACAGAUAUAGAGCUGAGCCUGCAGACAUGUUCCUCAGCAAUUGUUUUUGUGAUUUAUUUUUUACUUAAUCACAAAGAUUUAUUUAAUAUACACUAUCUAUCUAAUCAGUUUUGUUACCUAUGACAUGUUGCAUGCUUAAACUAUAAUGUCUGAGUUGCAUCUCUUGUGUGAUGGAUUAAAAGUGAAAGAUUUGUAUUUGAUCCACUGUAGUUAAAUGGUUACAGUAUUACUACAGUAGGUUUGAAGGGAUGGCUUCAUCAAUUUGAUGAUCUUCAGUUUUCUAAGUUUAGUCCACAUACUUACUACUCAUAGGAUUUUUCCCCAAGAGCCCAUCUAAUGCUUUAUGAGACAAGAUACCACAAUGUAAAAAACAAAUCUUCACCUUGUUGCCAACAGUGGUGGCCUUACCUGCUUCACAGCUCCCACUGGCAAGUACAGUCCAGCGCUGACAAUAAGUAGCCACAGUCCAGAAACUUCAGCAUGUUAACACUUUGGCUAAAAAGGCUACUGGAAAGAAGACAACAGUAAUUAACAUUCAGCAAAUCUGUACAUACUAGCAAAAAUUUUGAAAAGCUAAUAGAUGCGUGAUUUUUUAUUAUUAUUGAACACAAGAUUAAUUUUGUAUUAAAUGUUUUCUGACAUUCCUUUCUGACUUGUUACAUUUUAAUGAGCAGAAAACCUUGAAUGAGACAGAAACGUACUGCAUCUGAGUAGACAGAGAAACACUAUACUGAUCAUUUACUGUGGGGAAGAUUGAGAGAAUGGGGUAAAGUGAUCUUCUAUAUGCUAAGCACUACUAGUUAUAACACAGAUGCCCUUAAGGGAAAUGUCACGCUCCAAAAUCAUUUUUCUUUCUGUGUUUACCUGGAGGAUUUUGUAUGGUUGGAGGUCAUCUUCUACGAGAGGUUUUCUAAUACUUAAAAGUCCUUCCAAACAAUAGUUACCUAGUCCAGGUGAACUUAACAGUAAGCCAGCUCAUUACUUUUGGGUGUCCAAGUUAGCUGUGCUAUUACCACACACCACCACGUUUUGCCUGUACAGAAGCAGCUUUAUAUAAUGCAGCUUCUGUCACUGCAGUAACAACCCUGUCCUUUUCUUGUUGGGAUGCCCGAGUAAUCCAGAUUUGGCAUUCACUAAUGAGCAUAACUACUUGUUAGAAAAUCUGAAGGGAAUUGCUCAGCCCAGUCCCUUGCUGCAUAAAGCUUUUGUGUUGGACAGCAGAAGCCUCCCUGUUAGCUACAGCAACUGCUGUUAUUGACAGGUUAUAAGAAUGCCACUCUUGACUUCGCCUGGUUUUCAUGUAUCAGGGAAGUUAAGAGAUAUAACCCCUACUGAAACGUACUAUAGCCACACAACUCAGAUUUGGUUAUCAAUGGCUAUCUUGAUGGCUAACCCAAAGGGCAGAUAUGCCCUUCACAUCAGUCAAAAAGCUAAGAUCUUCUAUACUAGGACAAAACCCAGGAAAUUAUCUCUAGUUUUGCAACAGACUACAUGAGGCUAAGUAACUGGCAUGAGCUGUACAAGGCAGCAGCUGCAGAAGAAAUUGCCCCCAACCCUUUAACAUAAGGACUUACCACUCUUUCUGAGGUCCUGAGCAGGAUUUGAGCUUUUAUCUUCUGACACUCUAGCCACCUAGCAAUCCUUCUGGAGCUCCUGAAGUAGCAUUUGAAGGAAUCUUUCUAGGAAAAAAGGUAGCGAAAUGUCGGUUGGUUACAAUUUGAAGUAAAACACAUCUAAAACACAAAGCAACUACCAUAGUUUUGUGCCUUUCUUAACACAGUAUUCAGUUUAGCCCAAAGUCAAUUUGGUCACUAUCUAGAGUAUAGGGUCUGUAGCUGUCACCUCCUCUUCUCAUCAAGGCUUAUAGUUUUGAGCCUUGAAAGACUACUUAACAUACACUGUACUAUCACAGUAACUCCAGCUUCCAGACCUCAGUGCUGGAAGUUGCUUUCUGUUUUUCAGUCCUAAGAUAGAUAAAACUUGGAGUGGGAGCUUUUAUCAUCUCAUUUCCAUCUCUCUCACUCAGACCCCUCGCUGGUUUCUGAGUGCAAGGAGCACACGUGCAGAUAAACGCUGCCAAAAGCACUAGCCCUGCACUGCAGCCCCAGAAGGGCAGCACUCACUGCGUGUGCCCAGCCCCUCUAGGUGCUUGGCUGGAGCACUGCACGUGCCACCAGUGGGCCAGGAAUCGGGAAAGCUAGCGAGGGAAAGCUGGAUAGUUGGACCGCGUUUGUCAGAGUUAAAAGAAGUCAUCAUACCUAUCUGAGGGCAAGGGCUAAUCAUCAAUAUGUGUAGUAGAAAAGAGGUAGACUACCACAUUGGACAUCUUUCUUAAAUGAACAUUAAUUUCCUUCUUUUGUAUAAAAAAGCUUUUCCUUUUGUAUCUAAAACUACAACAAAGAAAAGCCUGCAGUCUUCAGGCAUCUCUUAUGAUGUUGCACUAAGAAGUAAUGCAUAGUUACAAUGCACAGGAAACUUACAGAACUGGAAUCUAACCAUAUUAAUGUUACAUACCUAGCAGGUCUGUCCUACUGCACAUAGAACCUCCUUAGAUACAUAACACUGUCAUCAAUGCAAGCUGUAGUUACUCAUACGUCUGUUUAUGUACACACCUCGCACGUUCUGUUCGUCCACAUGAGCUGCCUCUUACAUGUUCUUGGUUCCCCCCUUUUCCGUACAAUUUUCACCUACUUUGCUCUUUUUUUCUUAACAAUUUUGUAUAUAUGUAUGUAAAAAUAUGCACAGUAUGUAGCCACAUACAACAGUACAUAUGCGUUGCGUUUUUGUACUUUAAUCUGUUCGGUUGAAUUGAAAGCAGCUCGUGAGCACCCUCUCCGCUACAGCGGUAGCGCAACCACAUAGAAGUGAACGGGUUAUGAUUCUCAAAACCCAAAUGCAAAACUCCAGAAAAUGAUGUUGCUAUGUUCCACAUCUGUGAACCUAAAAUUCAGACUUAAAACUGAGAUAAUUUAUAUCUCCAAACAUGCAGAAAGCGUCAAACAUUCCAGAUUAAAUUCACACUGUUUAAUAUUUUUGUAAGAAUUGCCUCACACUAGAAGGCUAUUCAAAAUAACACCAGACUACAUAAAAUUGAUUUUAAAAUGCUACUUAUAAAUAAUGCUAAUUUUCAUAAUUAAUACAGCUUUAAACUGUGGUUGGAUUUGAUACACUGUGGAGAAAGGUUUUGUUUAAGGACAAAAAAAAAAAGAAAAACAUUUUUUCCAUUUAUUUUCUGAAAAGAAAUGAAUGAAAUUGUAGUUUGUUUUUCCUGACAGCAGAAGCUCAAUGUGACAAAAUGAAGUUGUUGUAAUGAAAUGAUGCAACUUAAUUAAAUAUUUAAUAAAGAACUAUGGAAGUUACAACA